AUGGUGUGGUGUUGUUGUGUAGUGUUGCUGGUGUCUGUAGUAUUGUAGAUCUUCAUCAUUAGUAGAUUUUUGUUUCAAGUAGGACCUGUGAUGUCCUUUUUCCCACUUAUGUGGUGACUUUUUGUUAUUAAAGUAACUCAAAAUUGGAUCAAGUCAUCCUGCCUCCUGCAUUUGGGUUUAUUCCCGUGUACCCUCACGUGACAUUUACUUUAUAGUAGUACUACAAAAAAAUAAUAAUAAAAUAAAGUAACCUCCAAUUAUAUUUAUUCUCCACAUUUUAAUGCCAAGUAAAAAAAAAUGGCAAAAAUAAAUUCUGUAAUUUUAUUUGAAUCUGAAGAAAGACUUGCAGCUCCACUCACUAACCAGUGUUUCACCAGUCAUCACAAAUGUUAGAGUUCAGAUAGAGCUCUAGGUGGCUAGUGCAGCUCCAGUUAUCUUUGAAAUUCAAAUGUUUUUCCAUCUGAAACUCUUAAGUGUGUGAGCGUGUGUGUGUGGGAGAAACAGAAUCUGUAAUGAACUCCUCCUAGUCACAUGCUGCAGUGCGGGCUGAAACUCAUCAUCUUUUGGUUUCCUGCACCUUUCUUCACGCUGAAACAGGAAAUCCUAUCUGUAGAAGCAGCACGCUGCAGCUGGAGGAGCGCAUCUCAACCCGCAGCAGGGCUUUUUGAAUUUACGACCCAAGAGGCGUUCCACGCGGCUGGUUUCUGAUCACCUGCCUGCUGGUCUUCAUCAUCAUAUUAAUAUCAUACACAGUCAGGAUGAACGGGACGAACUGCACCGACCCUGCGGCGGAGUUCCAGUAUCAGCUCUUCCCGGUGGUCUACAUCAUAGCAUUAGUUGUUGGGUUACCAGGAAACUUGGCGGCGCUGUUCGUCUUCACCCUCAGGAUUACCCCGCCCACCACCUUCAGCGUCUACAUCAGCAACCUGGCUCUGGCGGACAUCGUCAUCCUCUGCACGCUGCCCUUCCGGAUCCACUACCACCUCAACAGGAACAACUGGGUGUUCGGGGACUCCGCCUGCCUCGUCACCGGGAUUCUGUUCUUCGCCAACAUCUACAUGAGCAUCUGCUUCAUGACCUGCAUCUGCUUGGACCGCUACGUGGCCACCGUGCACCCACAUACGUAUCUGAGGGUGAGGAGCCCCUGGUACUCUGUGGGUGUGAGCGUGGUAUUUUGGUGUGUUGGUGGAGUGGCCGUCCUCGUCUUCAUCCUCAUGGGUCCACUGAAAACCGGAGAUGACUCUUCAGGCCAGAGCUGCUUCGAGAACUUUGCCAGGACAGAGUGGGACGAGCGACUCCGGCCGUACAGCAUAGCGAGUCUGGUCUUCUGCUCGCUGCUGCCCUCCGCGGUCAUACUGGUGUGCUACCCGCUGGCAGCCAGACGCAUCUCCAACAUCAGAACCAAAACGGCACAAAAGGCGGUGCGCGUCAUCUACGCCAUCAUGGUCAUCACGCUGCUCUGCUUCCUACCCAACCACGUGGUGUAUUUCCUACACCUCCUGCAGCGCAUGGACGUGAUCCAGAGCUGCUCCGUACGUGCCGCCAUCUACAACGCCCGGCGGGUCACCAUGGCACUGGUCACACUCAACACGUGUCUGGACCCCGUGCUGUACUUCCUGACCACCAGCUACUUCAGAUGGGAGUGGUUAAGGAGGUCGUGGCUGUGGGGGCUCAUGAACAGGAGCAGAGGGGUCUACAGCAUCGCGGGCCACGGCCGACAGUACACCGCAACCACAAACACCCUGGAUAUGUGA